AUGCUUGCCCGUUUUGCAUCCAGAGCGGCAUCUCUCGCCAUGGGUGGGCUGACCACUCCUUUCCAAAGACCCAUUGGCAAUGUCAUUGCCACCCGCCUGGCCUCUACCUCAAGCACCGUUAACACCGCCUCUUUUGGCUUUUUACCUUUGGGUACCUCUGUACCAAAAAUGUCUCUUUUGUCCGAACAACUCUCCCGCCUUCGCCCCUUUUCACCUCCCCCUGCACCCGUAGUGGAGACUUUUGAACUCACCAGUGUUCUGAGAAAGAGACGCUUGAAGAUGAACAAGCAUAAGCACAAGAAGUUGCUCAAGAGAACUAGAGCACUGAGAAAGCGAUUGGGCAAAUAA